CUUUCUUUUCCACUCACCACAGAAAAUAGCUACCAAACACACAGCAAAUUAGAGGAUACCUAGCUAGAGUUAGCCAAGUGAGAAACAAAAGCAGAAAGAUGGAGACUACUUUCCCAGUUGUGGAUAUGGGGUUGCUUCAAACUGAGAAAAGGGCUGAAACAAUGGACAAAAUCAAAGAUGCAUGUGAAAACUGGGGCUUCUUUGAGCUUGUGAAUCAUGAGAUUUCCAAUGAAUUGCUGGACACAGUGGAGAGCUCUACUAAGGGGCAUUACAAGAAGUGCAUGGAAGAAAGGUUUAAGGAAAUGGUGGCAAGUAAAGGUCUUGAGGCUGUCCAAACUGAAAUUGAUGAUCUUGAUUGGGAGAGCACUUUCUUCUUGAAACAUCUCCCUGUUUCCAAUGUGUGUGAAGUUCCAGACCUAGAGGAUCAAUACAGAAAUGUCAUGAAAGAAUUUGCAAUGAAACUAGAGAAACUAGCUGAAAAUCUUUUGGACUUGCUGUGUGAGAACCUCGGACUUGAGCAAGGUUAUUUGAAGAAAGCAUUUUAUGGCUCAAAGGGUCCAACUUUUGGUACCAAAGUUAGCAACUAUCCUCCUUGUCCUAAGCCAGAACUGAUCAAAGGCCUUCGCGCUCACACCGAUGCUGGUGGCCUCAUCCUGCUUUUCCAAGAUGACAAAGUCAGCGGUCUCCAAUUGCUCAAAGAUGGAAAUUGGAUUGAUGUUCCUCCUAUGAAACACUCAAUUGUCAUCAACCUCGGCGAUCAGCUUGAGGUGAUUACUAAUGGAAGAUACAAGAGUGUUGAGCACAGGGUGAUUGCUCAGCAAGAUGGAACUAGGAUGUCCAUAGCUUCUUUUUAUAAUCCAGGAAGUGAUGCUGUUAUCUUUCCAGCACCAGAGCUGAUUGAGAAGGCAGAAGAAGAGAACAAGUUGAAGUAUCCAAAAUUUGUGUUUGAAGAUUAUAUGAAGCUGUAUGCAGGUCUCAAAUUCCAGGCUAAGGAGCCUAGGUUUGAAGCAAUGAAGGCUAUGGAGACUACUGUCAACUUAGGUCCAAUAGAAACUGUUUGAUAGUGUUUAAGCUAAUCUGAGGGGAAUUUGUUUAUGCAUUAUAGUACACUAAUUAUGAGGGCUAAAGAAGUUAAGGUUUCUAAUGGAGUGGAGUUUGUGUUGUCCUUUUAGUUAAAUAAUGGAAGAAGUAAAUGAGUAAUGUUACUUGAUGUGUCAUUGUCUCAUGUAUGUUAGUGAGCUGUUUGAAGUUGUUUUUCUAAGGGGUAUAUUGUAAAGUUUCCUCUGUUGCUUUAAUGAAAUAUAUGCUAGCAAUAACCAA